AUAUAUUGCUACCAUCAAUCCUCCGUAGAGCUAACCUCCCCUCAUCCCAUAGCCAAUUCAGUCUACAGACAGCAGACCAGCGUCAGCUCGUUCAUAACAGCAGCAACAAAACCUCAAGGGUCUUCCAUCCUCCUCCCCGGCUCCCACAACUUAAAAACCGUAGCGUCAUGACGACGGCACAACCUCUGCAAGCCACCGUGGCUCACAAUCUCUCACAAUCUGCCCGAACCGAGGCUGCAUAUUCAACGAAUGGCAAUUCCAACAGCUCCAUUCCUCGUGGCGAUACCAUAGUUACGUUGAACUAUUUUAGGCCGCCGGAGGACGGGUCCGUUCCUUUCAAUUUCGUCGAGCAACCGCCUGAGGGACAGCCACAACGGAAUUUCGGGAACUUUGAUGUCCAGGUCCCCAUCCGCGAUAUUCGAGGGGAGGAAUCUCAAUACACGCUUGACAAGGACGCCUUUCAAGUCGUCUCCAACGUCCCUGAAUCUGCCGAGCGAGACUUCGUUGACGAUGAGUCAAUUAAGAAAAACUACUAUCCCGAAGUACAGAAACUGAUCCUAGAUCAUGUGCCAGGAACAAAUAAGGUUUUCAUCUUCGAUCACACCAUCCGCCGUUCCACUGCCGGAGCACCCCGGGCACCGGUAACAAGGGUACAUAUCGAUCAAACCGUGAAGUCUGCCACACAGCGUGUACACCAUCAUCUCCCUAAAGAGGCAGAGAAGCUCUUGCAAGGAAGAUACCGCAUUAUCAAUAUUUGGCGUCCAUUGAAUGGCCCAGUCCAAGCCAAUCCUCUUGGCUUUGCCAGCUCUUCGACCUUGAGGGAUGAAGAUCUUAUUCCCAUCGAACACAGAUAUCCAGACCGAACUGGCGAGACGGCAGGUAUUAGAUACAAUCCAGGCCAGAAGUGGCAUUACCUGUCCGGAAUGAAGAAUAAUGAGAGAUUGUUCUUGGAGUGUUUCGACAGUGAAGCUCGGAAGCCUGGAACGAAGGUGCUUGGAGGUAGAGUUCCCCAUACUGCCUUCCAGGACCCAAGAACCCCGGAAGGAGCGGUUGGCAGAGAAAGUAUUGAGGUUCGUGCUUUGGUGUUUGGUCCAUGAAAUGAUUAGUCUGGAUUUGGGGAUUAUUUGGGGCGUUAUUGAUCAUUAGCAAGGGUAAUAAAUACGUUUUAUG